GCUCUGUCUAUAUAAGCAACACAAGGAGAGACUGAUAGAGGUGCCGGGACCGCAGCCUAGCCUGAAUGUGGGUCAGUCACAACCAGCAGUCACGGAGUUGUCAUUGGAAUUGCUUGUGUGACUAAAGCCAAGACUACAUUAUGUCAUGGAGAAUUGUUUUGCUAUCGUUGACCUCCGUACUCGGCCUUGUCGCAUCUCAGCCUCGGUACUUCUUCAACAGAGGGAUGACGAAGAUGGCUGAGCAGCAUGUGGUGGAGCUGCUUGUCGUAGUGGACUACUCCGCAUACUUGAAGUGGUACCACAAAAUGAGCGGGGACACAGCGUUCUUGAAAAAGAAGAACGCAUUAAAUGCAAUAUGGAAACACUACUCAUCUGUUAUUCAUGGCAUAGAUACAAUAUACAGAGGUCUUGGAGAUACUGGUCUGAAGAUCUCCGUGCAACCUGUUGACAUCCAAGUUGUAUCGACCGAUGGUAUUGUGACGAGUACAAAUAAAUUCAUUGCAUCGGAGACAGCUCUGCGGGCCUUCUACUACUGGACACAGUCCGGCAACAAGUUGCCGCCAUUUGACCACGCGAUGCUGAUUACAGGUUAUGACCUGAUGGAGAACGGCGAUAAAUCAAAGUCAGGUCGAGCCUAUCUGGGGACGAUGUGCACGACCAGGAGCGUCUCAGUGGUGGAAAAUGACUUCAGCUUUGAGAUAGUACAGAUAACGGCACAUGAACUCGGACAUAGUCUGGGCGCCAGACAUGACGGAGAAGAGAACGCAUGUAAUGCUGGUGACGGCUUCCUGAUGGCGUCAGUAAUAGAGAUCAACUCCACAAACAGAUGGUACCUGUCUCCGUGCAGUGUGGAAUAUAUCGAAACGCUGUUGUCUCAGCUCAGAAGAGAUAGGAAUCUGUGCCUCCUCCAAAAUAAGCACGAGGUGGAGAAAAACGAGGGUCCUACAACCAGCAUCCACAUGGGUGAGCUGUACACACCUGACCAGCAGUGUGAGCUCAUUGAGGGCAGGGGAUCCUACUUCUGCAGGGAUUUCUACUCCAAACCAGAAGAUUACAGCCACAUCUGUACCAACAUAUGGUGCCAUGUGAGCAACUCGGCGCACAACAUAUGCAACAACUAUGAAGGGUCGGACGGAUACGCUUGUGGCAAUAAGAAGGUAUGUGACAAGGGAAGGUGUGUCCUCAGCAACAAGGGAGUGGAAUCCUUGGACUACUGUCCCCAGGGAGACCAGCCCGGUAUUGUUUGGAAGAACUACACAUGCGCACAGUUGGUGUUUUAUGAACCGGAAAUGUGCUACGAUGAUAAUACGAGAUCUCGUUGCUGCCUCUCAUGUACAGAAAUAAACAAAGGCAUACCAGGGUGUGAGUUCGGCGACAAGAGUUCGUGGUGUCGCACCGACCUCAUCAUCCCCAUGGGCUGCUACAAGAACGAGAACCUCUGCUGCGGCACCUGCAAGAUGUACAAGGACCUCACUCGGCCAAGCUGUCCAUAUGGCGACAGAAGUCUUUGGUGUAACACAACCCUAAAUCCACCCUUUGAAUGCUAUGACAACGAGGACCUGUGUUGUGGCACCUGCGCAAACCACUUCAACCAAUCACGAGUAGGUUGCGAGUACGGAGACCGAAGUACUUGGUGUGAGACGACACUCCAUCCUCCGUAUGACUGCUACAAGAACGGUGUGCUAUGCUGUGGCACAUGUCCCCAAUACUACAACCCUGAUAACCCAGGCUGUGAGUUCGGCGACAGAAGCCAGUGGUGUGAGACCGAGCUGGACAAACCCUACGGCUGCUAUCUCAACAGCGAGUUCUGCUGCAAGACCUGCGACAGCUUCCUCAACAAGACACGCGUAGGUUGUGAAUAUGGUGACAAGCACAAAGACUGUGAGUCUUUGGAGUAUCCCGUUGGCUGCUACAACAAUGACAACAUUUGCUGCGGGACUUGCACAGACAUGAAAGAUAGCAGUCAAAUUGGAUGUGAGUAUGGAGACAAGAGCACUUGGUGUACUUCGAAACUCAUCCCCCAGACUGACUGCCCAUACAAUCUCGACCUGUGCUGCGGAACAUGCAGUUGGGGGGGAUCAGGAUCCGAGCAGUCCUUACCAAGACAAUUUCUACGAGACAGCGGAUCAGGCACAUAUCAACCGAUGCAGUUUGAAGGGAGACAAUUCCCGCAGGCACCCAAUAGAAGUUCCCCGAGGCCUCUGCUCUAGCCAGCUUUUGAAGCUUUGGUUGUCAAGAACAGCUUUGUUUCCGUUUUUCUUCCCCUUUGUUUCAGCUUUGUUUUUGCUAAUGUUAAAUCUUAUUAUUUUGAAUUAUCUUUUCUUCUGACAAUGCAAAAAUAGUAGACCUGUUAUUAUAUGAUGGCCAGAUGUCUUCAGAAGUGGAGAGGCAUCUUCAGUGUGUCUAUACAAUGCAUGGAUGUAUACCUGUCUACUGUGAUGUAGCGGAGACACAUACUUCAGAUAUCUGGUCAAACAGUGCGGCCACCCAGGCUCAUCAGGUGUUACGGCUGGUGUUUUGACAUGAUAUACACCGAGGUGACCAUGGGUCAACUCGUUCCGAAUAUCUCAAUCUAUAACAUUUCCGGUCUCCUUGUGGAUGUGUGCGCAAACUGAUCUGGUAUAUGUCCAGGAAACUGCCUAAAUGUCAGAUGCAUCAUGCGUAUUCCCUGCUAUCCGUUGGGAAGACAGGAAGUCCGAGAAAAACUCCCCUCACCGCAUGCCUCACAAGUUUGACAAUUUGUGAAGAUUGCAGAUAUAUAUUUCUUGAAUUAAUAUUUGACGUUUUUCCGUUUAAAAUUAAAUUUAUCAUCCAGAUAGUAUUCAAAUUUUGAAUUCCUUAUGCAACAUGAAUGUAGGGUUGCUAAAACAUGGUCUAGCAUGUUCAGAUAGAAAUGGAUAUUUGUAUGUCCAGCUGCAUCUGCACAAGACAAGGAACAGGUUGUUCUGAAGCAUGCAUGCACAAUGUAAUUACUACCCACACACAAUAUAUAGCAACUUAUAAAGCAUAUAUUGCUUUGUAAGUAUUUGAUGUGACUAGUCAUUGGCCAAAUGGGCAUUUAGAGGUGGUCAACAGAUCGCCUUGACCAAAAACUCUGCUAAUUCACUGAUAUCUGGGUUUAUAGGAUUGUUCUUGUGGCUGAAUUCUGUGUUUUUGCACUUGAACUGGAUUUAAUCAAUGGUUCACAUGUCGUUAGGAUGACCAAAAGAUGCACACAAUAUAGUUUUCUGUCUCCGGCAUAACACUUUGUGAUGAUGUACAUCGCAUGCAGAGUUAAUGAUUUAAAGAAAUGUGAUACAUGUAAACACACAUUGUUAGAUUAUACCGUGGUUCAUUGAUAUAUACUAUUCACACUUUGCUAAGGAUCAUAUCAUAGAUUCAACAGAAAACUAUUAUGUGGGGUCAAAUUUGGUUUAAAUACCUAAGCUUAUUUUAAGCAUGGAUCCUAGGUUUUAGUAUGUCGUUGCAUAUUGUAGAUCCUAUAUGUGCUAUUCACAUGUGUUGUUUAUUUGUCAAUGACUCGUUCCAUGAUUUGCAAAAUGGUUGAUUGGUGCCAUGGAAACCAUUUUCAUGGUUACUCAUUUAUC